GAUAUUUCAAUAUAUGCAGUCAACGUGACUAGCCCAGCCCCAAAAUUGAUCAUGAGUCAAUAAAAAAAGUGGAGUUCAAAAGGAAAAAAUUUUGUUGAAAAAGGAUAAGAAAAAAAUAUUAGUAAGAAAGAUGGAUCAUAAUCGUUUUCAAGGGAAAAGUCAACCUAUUUACGCGUACGAUUCGAAAUCUAUGGAGAAAAAACGAAGACUUCCCUAUCAGAGAGGAAACAUUGAUCCCGAGUUAAUUUUUUCAAAAUUGGAAAAGAUUGGUAGGGGAUCUUUUGGCGAAGUUUAUAAAGGAAUAGACAAAAUAACUAAGGAAAUUGUUGCUAUCAAAGUAAUUGAUUUGGAAGAAGCCGAUGAUGAAAUUGAGGAUAUUCAACAGGAGAUAAUGAUGCUAUCCCAAUGUGAUUCGUCUUACGUUACAAAGUACUAUGGUAGUUAUUUAAAGGGUUCAAAAUUAUGGAUUUUAAUGGAGUAUUUAGGUGGUGGUUCUGCCUUGGAUAUGAUGAAACCUGGAGUAAUUGAAGAAAUCGAUAUUGCCAUAAUGAUUAGAGAAAUUCUCAAAGGCCUUGAUUACUUACAUAGUGAAAAUAAAUUGCAUAGAGACAUUAAAGCCGCCAACGUUCUUCUCUCUGAGCAAGGUGAUGUUAAGUUAGCUGAUUUUGGGGUCGCCGGUCAAAUUACUCAUACAACAUCAAAGAAGAAAACGUUCGUCGGUACCCCAUUUUGGAUGGCUCCAGAGGUAAUUAAGCAGAUGGAUUACGAUUUUAAAGCUGAUAUAUGGAGUUUGGGAAUAACGGCAAUAGAAUUAGCUAAGGGAGAACCACCUCAUUCUGAUUUACAUCCCAUGAAGGCAUUAUUUCUAAUUCCGAAGAAUCCUCCACCACUUUUGUCUGGAAAUUAUUCUAAAGCAUUUAAAGAUUUUGUCGAAGCUUGCUUGAAUAAAGAUCCAGAGAAUAGACCAACCGCUAAGGAUUUGUUAAAGCACAAGUUUAUAGCUAAAGCAAAAAAGACUUCCUGUUUGCAAGAAUUAAUAGAGAGAUAUAAAAAUUACGCCAGGAGAAAUCAAGAGGGAGAAUCCGAUUCCAACAGUGAUGACAGUCAAGAUGAAUAUGACGAGAAUAGUGAUAUUUCAUGGAGUUUUCCUACUGUUCGUUCGUCGAAUAAAAAUGAUACUCUUAAAGGACCGCCAGCUCCCAAAAAACCAACAGCUCCACCGAGACGAGCUAACCAUGGAAGACAAUCGCAUUCUCCUCAAUCAGCCGUAUUCAUUGCAAAAGAUAAUGGCGUAGUUGAAAUGAAUAAGAAUGAGGAGAAAGAAACACUUGAAAGGAGCUCUUCUAGGAAAACGCGACGGUCCAUAGACAAUUCGUCAAAAACCACAGAUCAAACAGAAAAUAAAGAAAAUAUCAUCGAAGUUUGUUUUCCUUUGCCUUGUUUUCUUAAUAUAUUUAAUUGUAAACAAAACUUUGAUAUUUACUGAACUCUCUUCAAUUGAUGACAGCCUCAAAAAUCCAUUGAAAAUACUGACAAGAGUGAAAAUGUUAGUCUAUCUAAGCUGUUAGAUUAUACUUAACGAUGUUUUCUACUUUUCUUUUUUUCGCUUCUAGAAAAUGAAUGAAGAAGUUGUUAAUAAAGAAGAUUCCGGAACAGACGUCUACGAAACACUAACUCAGUUGGAUGACGCAACUACCGAAAUGGAAACGAAUACUUAUGAAAAUGUUAUUUACUUUUAUUAUUAUUCUUAUCUUGAACUCUUAUGGUAAUUUCUUUUCUUUCUCUUGAUUUAAUGUCAUUAUUUCAGAUACAAGAAGCUGAAAAACCGCCUCCUUCCCUAACAUCUUCCAGUCUUUCGGCAACAAUUUUACCAAUAAUCAAGAAGCUUAAUUUGAAUAACGAAAACCUUGAAAAUGUACUAAGAAGAGUUGAGGAAAAAUCUCCAGGUAUUUUAGACGAUUUAAUCGAAGAAUUGGUAUCAAGAUUAUGCAAGAACUCUUCAAAUGCAAAAAUUAAUAAAGCAGCAAGUCGACUCUGUCCUUAGACAUCUUUAGUUAUAUCAGUAAGAGACACAUGCUAUAUGUUAUAUAACAGGCGCAAAUUUUUGUAUCAGUUUCGGCUUCGAAGAAUUAUACAGUAUAGACAUGCAUAUCCCCUUUCUGUUUUUAUUCAGAAUCGUUCAUAGACGACUUUUCUUUUGUCUUUUUAUGAAGAAGAAUUAAUGAUUCAGCUAUUUUUACUUAAAAUUUUUAUUAAGAAAAAGUAAUAAGACAAGAAGAUAGAAUCGAAUAUAUUUUAGAUAAAGAUCAAUUAUAAAUAUCUGAAUAUAUUUGUAAAAAUCUUAUCCUUAAUAUUGUUUUUCUAUUCAACGUAUCAUUUUAAUUCAAAGUUUAUUUUUCAUUAUUGAUAAAAUCAUUUUAUUUUGGCUCUUAAAGAAAAUGACAGGAUGCAAAAUAUUCUUUACACGUGUUUGUUAAAUAGCAUAUCAAUAUUUUCUAAAAAAUAUAAACAUGUAAUAUUUAAUUGUUUGUCAUGUAUAUAACGUAUCAUAUACUUUGUAUUAAAUAAUUAUAUUCGGCUUAUCAUUAAACUUUAACAAAGUUUUAUCGAAAUUUGUCUUGUUAUUUUAUUGUUUUUUAGUAGUUUUUAAGUCAUAAAUAAUAAACUAAUAAUAAUCAUGAAAUAUAGACAAGAGAAAAAGGUAGAUAGAGAGAGGGAGAGAGAGACAGAGCGAAAUUGCAGUAUACGCGAUUAUUUAUAAAAUUGUAUUUACUUUCUAUUCCUGUUCUUUCUUUUUUUGUUUUCUCUUUCAUUUAAAUUUUAACUAUUAUUUUCUUAACAUUUUUAUCAAUCAUCUUAAAAAGAGAUUCGUAUGAAAAAAAUACACAUACGAAUAUUUCUGACUGAGUUUAAUAAUUAAAUUUUUAUUAUAAAUGAUAAUGAAAACUUCUUUGCUAUUGAUCUAAAACGUAUUAGCUUCUAUACAAAAUGUGUAUGGAUUGAAAUGAAACCAUAUGCUUCACCGAUUAGUUUAAUAAGAAGCUAACAAUUACGUCUUAAAGUUAUAGACAGACGAAAAGUAUUCUAUAUUAUUUUACGCAAGUAUAUGAACUUUAGAGUAUAUAUAUAUGCGACUAUUCGAUAUGAUAUUAUAUAUAAAUACAUUAAUACAUAUAUAUGAAUAGAGAAAAGAGGACGAUUAAGAAUAAAAAGAUAAUGAAAAAAAGUUUUUUCUUCCUUUGUUUCUUUUUUCAACAUUUCUGUAGAUUAUCUUUUUUAAAUCGUUUUGUUUUAUAAUAUUUUACUGAGUCGCCUUCUUAUUUAUUAUAAAUAUAGUAGAGGACAUUUCUAAUGCAUUUUUUAUCAGAUAUUUUAUCGGUUUUUUUUAUUAUACAGUAAAAUACAAAUACAAACCGAGUCCAUUACGAAUAGAUAAUACAUAUAAAUAUAUAUAAAUAUAUAUAUAUACUUUAUAUAUAUAUUUAUAGAGAAUCGGCACGACGUUUACUCGUAAAUGCAGUUGAUAUAUAAUGAAUACUGAAAAUUAUCUAUGUGUACAUACUGUAUUCAUUUAUAUACAUAUACAGUAUAUAGACACAUAAGAUAGCAUUUAAUAUGUAUGCAGUAUAUUUAAUGCUUGUACAUACUUGUAAAAUAGGACAGAUACACAAAUAAAAUGCGUAUAUAUCGAAUGGGACGAAUGGAAAAUGAACGACCUAAUUUUGUUGCUAGCGUUGAGAAUAUUCUUUUCGCUAGUUCCUUUAUCCAACUAAAAAAUUUUUCCUAUUUCAAACAUUGGUUUCCGUUGUUGUUUUAGAAAUAUUUUUCUAUUUUGGCUUGUUCUGAAAGCAGCAGCACCUUGUUUUUAAAAAUGCCAGUGGUAUAUAACGGAGAGAGAGAGUGAGAGAGAGAUACAGGGACAGAGACAGAGACAGACAGAUAGUAAAGCAAACAUAAAUUUUUCAUUGAAAUAGAUUUCAGUCUUUUUUCUUUCGUUUACAGAGGACUUGCGAUAUAAAAAUAAUUAAGAAAAUCUAAUCAGCUGUUAUGUAGACAGUAAAUCCACAUAUCAGUUAAUUCUUUAGAAGCUCCUUGCCUAGGUUUUUGCUUGCUAGCUAAAGUUUAAAAGAAUUUCUAGUCGGACGGUGAUCUAUUCCCUUCCGGUAGUUCUGGCAUGUGUCUUUGGGAUAUUUCAUCCAACUUUUGGGAGAGGUUAUUCGAUUUUCUAAAUAGAGGAGGAGGGGUUGCUGGCCUAGGCUUCAUUCUUCUCUUUCGAAGGCUUUCAGGACAUGUCUUUGAUCUGGGACGGAAAUGAAUGUGGUCGUCACAAGCUAGACGAUAAGCGUACGAUGGACUUUGGGAUUGGUAGUCAUUUGUCUCUUUUUUAGGAUUUUUAUCGGUACGUUUUCCCGUCCUUUUCAGGUUUGGAUCGGUCAACGAUCUUUGUCGAAAAAUCUUCUGAACGGAACAUAACGUAACACCUUCUAGAUUGACGACGUCUUCAUUUUUAAGAUUUUCAGAACUCUUCGAUGUUUUAAGUAUUCUAAAACUACCUUGUUUUGUUGUAAGUCGAUCGUUGAAUUCCUUUGUUAAUUCAUUGAUAGAAUUCAUGUUUUGAAGCAUUCAAUUCAAUUCAGUCCAAUUUGAUUUCGUAGUAAAUAUAACAUACCGAUGUCUGCCAAAUAAUACUUUACAACACUAUUUAUAUCCGUCUAUAUAUCUUCAGGAAAUCUUUUUCGUUUUUCUGUCUAAAAAAAUAUAUUUUCAGUUAAAAAAAUAUAUAUUUGACUAGUUGUUUCUUUCCCGUCGGCUAUAAACCUAGCGAUUGGUGAUCUUGGCAAAUUUUUCAAGCCUUCCGAUCUGAACGCCAUCUAUACUAGAGAUAAAACCAAUGCGAUAUUCUGAUAUUUAAAUUUAUAUGUAUAUAUAUAUAAAUAUAGCCUAGGAUUAAAAAAGAUUAGUAAAUAGGUAACAGGGCAUAUAAUCCAAAUGAUUGAUGGUUUGUUUAAUAUUUCAUCUAUUGUUCUUUUUUUUGAGUAGAGAUUCUUCUUUUUCCAUUCUUUUCUUCGCAAAGAAAUUUACUUUAAAUAAAUUUCUUAUAUAAAUGUCAGAAAGAAAGAUCGAUUAAUUGGGAGAAUAUUAAGUUUCGUAUAAAAAAUAGCGCUCCAGUCGAACAAAUUUGAAGCUUUUAUACAAAAUAUCUUUAAGACCUUUAAAAGCUGACAAAAAAGUGACGUCAUUAAUAUUUCGUUGAGACAGUUGUGAAAAAUUUCCAGUUAACCUUCGAAUAACUUAUAAGACAGAUUUGCACAAUAGUUUAUAUGUGGUAUAUUAAAUAAAACAGUCUAGUUGUACGGAUGGAUACGUUAUAUAUUGUAUUAUAUUAGCAUAUCCCUUCACUAAAUCUCAUUAUAUUGUUAAUAAAAAUCAAAGAUAUUUACUGAUAAACUUUAAGGUAUUUCAUGUGAAUUCCAUUAGAUACUUCUAUUUUCCAGAUAAGGAAAAGGGACGCCUACAACUAAAAUGAAUAAGUUAAUGAAUCAUUGAUAUUGGCAAACAUUUAAUUAACAAAAGCAUCAACACUUUUCUGGAAUAUAUUUACAUAACUUAAAAGAUAAAAUACAAGUUUUUAUUAGAUUUCUUAAAGAAGGAUACGAGCUCUUUUCUCUUGUUAGUUACGGUAGUAAAGUGCAUUUAUACAUUGUCAAUAUAUGAUCAAGUACUGAAUGAAUGAAUAGUAGAAAAAUGGCGUUUAUUUUUUAAUGGGUAGGCUAAAUGAUACAAUAAAUAGUUAGAAUACUUUACAAAAUAAGAUUACAACGAGAUAGCAUGAUAUAUAAAACUGAUAAGGAAAUGAUUAACUCAAUUACCAGCUUAAGUUUCAAUGUGGAAUGAAAAAGACAAUCCUGCUUUGAUUUUUUUAUUUCUCUCUCUCCCUCUCUCUUUUAGGCGUCUAGCUGUUUUUUGUCUGAAGCAAAACUGAUUGUCAACUGACUAGAAACAAGGCGUUCCCUUGUGAAGCCUGACACAUUUUACAGGUCUACACCCUUUUUCUUAGGCUGAAUUAAGUUAAAGGUAUUUUAUUUUAGCGACUAAGGAAUUCUUUACUAUUCCGAAGAUGGUAUUAAUUUACAUAAAUUGGUGUAAAAUAGAAACUCUUUUCUCGCAUAUAAAAAAAGAUCCGACAAAAGAUGAGAAAAAGCUAAAUGAGGAAAGACAAAAUUUUUAAAGAUAGAAAGAGGAAAAAAAUGUGAAAGAAUCUAUAAAGAGAGAGAGAGAGCGAGAG